CUCAAGCCACUAAUCUUACUCACAUACAAAGUGAGGAAAACAAGAAUCAAACAUGAUGGAGAUCGAGGAAGUAAACAACUACGAAUCGUUGCCGCUUCUCUCUUUGAACCACGUCUCGUUAUUGUGUCGAUCGGUUUGGGAUUCGAUGCGAUUCUACGAGGAAGUAUUAGGUUUCAUUCCGAUCAAACGCCCCUCUUCUUUCAAGUUCAAUGGUGCUUGGUUGUACAAUUACGGUAUCGGAAUACACUUAAUCGAGAAUCCAUUGAUAGACGAUUUUGAUACUAUCAUCGAGCCGAGGCCAAUUAAUCCCAAAGACAAUCACAUAUCUUUUCAAUGUAGGGAUGUUGAGAUUGUGAAAGGGAGACUUGAAGAUAUGGGGAUGAAAUAUGUAACGGCAGUAGUUGAAGAUGAAGGUAACACAGUUGACCAAGUGUUCUUUCAUGACCCCGACGGGUACAUGCUCGAACUUUGUAACUGCGAGAACAUUGCAAUACUUCCGUUGUCGGCUUGCUUGUUCAAACCGAGGAUGAGUAGCUUCGGCCGGGCGGUUUUCGGGCCAGCGAAAUGCGGGUUUGUGGAGAAUGCGAUGAUGGAGAGCCUUAGCAUGGAUAUGUUGGACAUUUCAUUUUGAAAUUGCAUAAAAAUUACACAAGAAUCACUCUGUUCUGUUUGGUUUUGAUGAAAAAAUUUGUAUUGGUUAUGGUAUUUUUCAAUAAGGUUGUGAACCUAAUGUAACAUAUAUAUAUAUAUAUGUAUAUACAUAUAUAUAUAUAUAGAUGGGGCUUGUGAAUGUAUUAAAAAUUGGAAAUAUGGCCUCUUAUAUAUGGAUCAAAAGAAGGAAAGAAAUGAUCUGUAAAAAAAGUGAGUGCCAUUGUAAUUUGUGAAAUGUCAAUGUUGCAGAAGCUGUUGUAUUUUUUUGAGUUC